AUGGUUCGUGCUAGAGCAGUUGUGUUCGACAUUGAAGGCACAGUGUGCCCCAUUUCGUUUGUGAAGGAGGUGCUGUUCCCGUAUGCGGUUCAGAAAAUCCAUAGUUUGGUGCGGGACCUGCCAGCCAGCUCGUUCCCCCUGAGCUCGUCGAGCGACAAUGUCCUGAUCUCGCAGUAUCUGUCGCAAUUUCCCUCAGAAUAUACUGGUGAUGCCAAGUCGCUGCUCGAUCAUAUCGAUGACCUGGUCGCUCGUGAUGUUAAAGCUUCGUAUCUGAAAACUCUGCAGGGUUAUUUGUGGAAAUCAGGUUACGACUCGGGCGAGAUCAAGGCCCCUGUCUAUCCUGACGCAGUGUCUCAUAUCCAGAAAUGGGCCAAAUCUCUUCCUUCGGAUGGAGGUGUAUAUAUCUACUCGUCGGGCUCUGUAGCAGCUCAGAUUCUGUUGUUUGCGCAUUGUGAACCUGAUCUGGAUCUCACUCCAUAUCUCAAGGACUACUUUGACACAGUCAAUGCUGGCCAGAAGGUCGUCCCAGAUUCUUACAAUACAAUUGCCAAGAAAAUCGGACUCCCUGCUUCUGACAUUUUGUUCUUCACUGAUAACACUAACGAAAUCGAUGCUGCUCAGAAAGCCGGCUGGCAGACUACUCUCGUAGUCCGUCCCGGCAACGCACCUUUUGACGACAGCUACCGUUCUAAAACAACUGUCAUCACCAGCCUCGAUCAGGUUGACUUGAAUUGA